AAAUCGUCUCCUUUCUCUGCACACUCUCAAUCUCGUCUCACUUUCUUCUGUUAUUAAGACAUCCCUGAUUAAAUUGACAAGAAUAAGGGUUAUGAGCUGAAAUGCAGGAUAAUCCUGGCUCUUUAAAUAAAACAAGCUUUCUCUGUUCCUCAGUCAUGUCACAAGGUUGCUAGGUGACCUGAAAACACUCCAGUUGUAGGAAGCACAGGAGAAAUUCAGAGAGAAAUUCCAAAGGGUAAACGGGAUGGGUGGGAGGGGCACUGCACCCACUCUUCUGAGAAUUAACAAAGCCUACAAAUUGCCAGACUUCAACUCCUUUGCAAUAUUUGGUGUGUUUACCAAAGUGGAGUCCACAUUCUGUGGCAACUGAAAACAUCAAGGAAAGAAGUCAUGCGAAAGCUAAAAGGCAAACCAAAACCAAAACCUGGCUUAGCUAUGAAUAUUCUUGAAAAGUUCCUGCAAACUUAUGAAAAGCAUUGUACGGCAUCCCAAAGUUGUGUCAGUCCAACUAUCAAACAGGACUUACAGCAAUGUGUAACAAAUGAUAUAUUCAUUACUAAGUUCGUGCUUACAAAUGUAGAGGGCUUAUCAAGAAACGUGCAUCCAGUUUAUCUCACUCCUUUACUGAGGACUAUCCGAGAUGAACGAUAUCGGCGAGGGAAGGAGCUCUGUAUCUGUGGAAUUAACCUAUAUCCUCAAGAUAUUGCAAACCUUGCAAUCUUGCUACAACUGGAUGGACGUACCAUCUAUCCCUUUUCCAAAUUAGAAAUAACUCAUCAUGUAUUAGACCUUUGGAGCAUGGAGAGACUUGGAAUGGCUCUGCCUUACAGCCGUCUGAGUUCUCUUAUUCUGGAUUAUUCCAAAUGUGGUGAUAACUGUGUCAAUAGACUUACUGAUGGAUUAGAUGGGAAUAGAAAGCUUUUAACUCUGAGCCUCUGCUACUGUGAUUUGGGGCCUGAAAGUGGAUUAACAUUAGCAACUCUUGUAGUCCAAACUGCCAUUUGCAACUUGUUCCUGAAUGGUAAUCACUUGCAAUGUUUGGGUGCCAUAGAACUCCUCAGACCAAUAGCAGAGUAUGAAGAAAGCAUUGGACAAGUAAAGAAAGCAAAUGCUCAACUCAGCCUUGAAGCAAAGAAAGAUGCAGAUCUUCACUCAAAAGUUGCGAACACGACUUCAAAGACAAAUAGUUCUACUACAAUGGAAAAUAGUAGGAAGAAAAAGAAACGGAAAGUCUCAAAGAAAAAACGUAGGAAACCUGACCCUGGCCCAUGGUUAGCUAGGCUGCGUUUGGCUGAUAAUGCCAUAGAUGGAAGGUUUCGCCAAACAGAAGAAAACAUCAGAGAGUUUGUGCAGCUGUUGACUAGUCUAAUCAGGUACUCUGACCAUCUAGUGGAAGUUGAUAUCGAUGGCAAUGCUAUAGGAGAACGAAGUGCAGUCGCCAUAUUGGAAGCUCUUAAGGACCGAAAGAAAGACAAAAUGCCACGCAUAAACAUUGAGGUAACACCCCAGAUGUCAUCAAUGACCUUCAGGGAAAUUUUCAAGAAUUGUUCAAAAACAGCAAAAAAGAGGAAGAAAAAGGUGCAAUAA